AUGUCGGCCCCCAGUCCACACCCCUUCCCGGGGCUCCGAUCGCCGGUCGACUCUCCGAAGUUGGUGGCGGUGCUCUGCACUCCACCGGCACCGGCCCCGGCUGACGACCGUCUGGCUGGCGUCGCCUCACCGGCGAGCCCGGUCGCCUCCUUCUCGGACCUUGUGAGCCGGACGCCGCUGGGGGUGCCGCCCAGCCCGGAUCUUGGCUCCGGUCAUCCCUCGUCCAGCCUGUGGCCUUCACAGCCAUCCGACCGGCGUCCAGGGGCGAUGGCAGAUGGACCGGGCGAUGUCCGUCGAGGGCCGCUGGCCGGGGGCACCCCGGUGCCUGCCAACGGUCCUCCCGGGGCCGGCUCCCAGCGCGACGCGUCCCCCGAAGCCGGGUGGGAUGCCGGGUCGGGCUCGGACUCGGACCCGGACCCGGACCCGAACUUCGAUUCGGACCCCGGGACUUCGGUGACCCCGGGUCCGGGGCCGCGCGCGCAACUACAACAACAACAACAACAACAACAACAAUACCAGCUCAGAGGCCACGACCGCCAGGCCCGGAAGCUGCCCACUGUGGAGGCAACCGCCACCACCACCGGCGCCGGCGCCGGCGCCGCCAUCCUGGCCCUUGAUGCCGGCCCCCAAUCCACCUUUGGGCCGGCAGCCGGCAGGGGCAAAUGCCAAGGCAGGGCGGCCCCUCCGGCUCCCCGUGGGGGGCCGGCUGGCGCCGGGCCCGCCUCAAUGCGCAGUUGGGAACCGUCGCCGCCGCCGCCGCCGCUGCCGCCGCUGCUGGGGCAGAUCGCGCCUCCGCGACGGAUGUCGCCGCAACCGGCACCACCCCCGCCGCCGGGCAACCCGGGGGAGGCUUCGCCCGGCCAUCGACCCACCGUACGCUUCGUCAUGCGUGACCCGACCGAGGCCGAUUGGCCCACAGACACCGGCCACCCUGUCGGCAACACGGCCGGCGCCAGCCGACCCGACCGGCCGGGCAGCCUGCCCCCGGCAACGGACCGGCCAGCGGCCCGGCCCGAGGACAAUGCCGCCCAGCAAGCCACGGCGCCGGCCGCCGCCGCCGCCGCCGCCGCCGCCACCCCCUUCCCGGCCGGCACCCCUGCCGGGGCAGCCGCUCGACUGGCCGCGGGGGGCCUCGCCGGCCGCCCGGCCGGGACCUUCCCACAGCACGCCCUCCCCGGCUGCAAGUAUCUGCCGGACUACUUCCAGCCGGCCGCCGCCCCGGCCCCCGUUGCCUGGCCCUCCCGCCGGGCGGCCCGAUCGCGCCUUCACACCCACCCCCCGGCCGACGCCGAUCCCGACCCCCACGCCGAGCUCCUCUCCCCCGAGCAGCUUGCCCUCGAGCCGCCUCCCUCCCGCACCGGCCGCCUCUUUCGCUUCCUGGCCCUGACCGCGGCCACCGCCUGCGUGGACAAGUUCGGCGACAAGGCCCGCACCCGGCUUGCCAUCCGCACCCACGCCCUCCAGGCCCAGCUGUCCGGCGAUUCCGCCGCCGCCACCGAGCAGGCCGCCUUCUCCUGUGCCGCCUUCCACGGGACAUACACCAGCAGCGGUGACUCGGCCACCCCCACACACGGGCCUCUGCUGGUAGACCCCUGGAGCCAGCGCCCCAUCCUCCCCGCGCGCCUCCUCCGAAGCCUGCCGGUUACGCCACACGGCGCAGUCCCCGCCGCCCCCGCCGCCCCCCUCGGCCAGACCCCGACCGCCCCGCCGGUCGUCUUCUUCCCGCCGCCCGACCAGCACGCCGCUGCUCAGGCCCCCGGGUAUUCGCUUGCCGCCACCGCCGCAGCCCCCUCCUCGGACUGGCUGACCCCGCACCUUCGGCCACAACGUGCCACCGAGCCCACCCUCUGGAUUCCCCACUCGGAGUUCACCGGGUCCAACAUUCGCGGGUCCUCCUGGAACUCGCCCCUGCCGCUGGACAGCGGCUUCUGCCUCGACAGCGCCACCACCCCGCAGGCCCCGCGCGCCACCCUCCCCCCGGUCUUUGCGCCGGACUUCGCCUUCGCCUCCGGCCAGGCCUCCCUGUCGGCCUUCACCAGCGCCUCCACCGACAUGUGGCGCCGUGCAUUGGGUGUCAUCAGCGGAAGUAGCAGCAACCUCCAGCCCGCCGGGGCUGGGCCCGGCUCUGGAACCGCCACCGCCGGGGGCUCUGCCGUCACCGGGGGCGUCCCCCCUCGCGAUGAUGCCGCCGCGGCCGCCAGCCUGGCCGCCAGCGAUUCGCCCGGUACCCUGAUCGACCUCUUCCCCACGUAUGCCUGCAUCGUCAAGGACGAUUGGCCGGCCACCGCGGCCGCCGCUCGUAUCUCCCCCUCGGCCGUGGGCACCAGCGCGGCUGCUUCGGCUUCCGGCUUUGACCCGCGCAUCCGCCGCGGCCUGCGCCUGGCCGGGCUCCGAGUCUCCCGCACAUACAUCGUUCCAGCCGGGCAGGUGCUCAUCGUCAGCCUCGACAUCAACCCCGUGCUGGCGCCGGCCGUGGAUCUGGGGCAGUGUCAAAAGUGUGGCGCCUGCUCGCAGCCGGUUCUCCGGACCCCCCACGGCCAGGGGGCCGAGUCGGACGCCUCCACCGAGGCCGCCGCCAACAGCCUGGCCGAUGACAUCGCCACCACCGUCAUCUCCGAGCCCGGGAUCGAGUCGCGCAGUCCGGACUCCCUCCUCCUGGAGCCCUCCUGCUCUUUGUCCUCGCUCGGGAGUGCCGGGCUUUCUCGCGUGGGGAGCCCGAUCGAUCCGGCCAGCCCGGGCCUCUCCGGCAUGGCGACCACCGGGGGCCCCUCCUCGCGGGCUGCCAGCCCCGCCGAGCGUGGCUUCUCCGUGGCCUCCUCGAGCUCCUCGCUGAAUGUCCAUGCAGCAGGGGCACCGGGCUCCCCCGGGCCCGGGUCCUCGCCCCCCAUGACCACGGCCCAGGCCAAUUUCAACCUCCACCUGCGGCGCACCUUCCGCUGGGAGGCCACCCUCGAGGAGAAGGACCUCGUGGUGGAGGUCCGCUUCGAUCCGCUGGACGAUGCGCCCGAAGACCAGGCCACCCUGGAGGCGGCCAGCGGCUCGGAGUAUCCCCAAGCCCCGCGCACCGUGCUCCCGGCCCCGGCGUCGGUUUUGUCCCACUCGCCGCUGCUGUCGCCGGGCUCCCCUCCCCGGGUCGGCACCGGCAGUGCGCCCCCCUCGCCGGUGCCCUCGCGCUUGAGUGGCAGCUUUUCCGGCUCGGCCCCCUCGCUGCUGGGCGGCAAUCCGGCCAUCGGGCAUGGGCAGCCUGCCGCUGCGACCGUGACGCCGGCGGCGGCGGCGGCGACGGCGGCUGGCAGCACCCCCGGCAGCGGGUCGCCGCCACUGCUCCCGGCUCGGCCUGGCACCCGGCCGGCUCCGCCCUUGGGCCGGGUUUCCACCGUGCAAUCCUCCGCCUCCGGGGCCCUGUUCUUCGAGUCCAAAGCGUCUCCGGUGUCCAGCCGGGCCAUUGCCCGGGUUCUGGCCGAGGAAGACCUCCAGCCAACGGCCAGCUCCGAGUCGACGGCCGUGCUGGUGGAGCAGGCCGGCCCACCGGAACUGCUCCUUGGCCACGAUGUGUACCACGGCGUCGGGAGCAAUGAACGGCUGGCGGCCAGCGACGUGGUCGCCGCUUGGGAGGCCUCCGGCGGCGAUGAAGCCCAAGCCGAGCACUAUUUCGCCCAACUGAGCAACCAGCACUUUGACCAGGACCCCUCUUCGCCCGGGGCCGAGGCGCCCGGGCCCCAGACCACCCCGGGCGAUCAUGCGCCCAUGCUGCGGCAGCAAUCACACCCACAGCCAUCCCAUCACCAUGCCCAUUCGGCCGCCGGCAGUCCGGCCGGCAAGAUGCCCCCCGGGCGCCGUGCCUCGGAUCCUCGACCCCCAGGGUCUAGCCCUGAUGGCAUGCUGCCAGGCGGGGCGAGUCCCAGCUUGGCCGGCCGCAUGGCCUCGCUCGGGUCCUCCACCAGUAGCCUGCAUACGCAGGUGGUCCCCGGGCCCGGGGCUGUGCCGGCGGCUGGCAGCACGCCGGCGGCCGCGGCCGCCGCCGCCGCCGCCGCGAACAAUGCCUCCUCGGCUGUUUGGCUGCAGCUGGUCCCGCCGACGCUGGUCUUUGCGUCGGAUGGCCCGGCCGGCGGGGCCUUCUGCCUGAAUGCCUCGGCCCGCGGGCGCCUGACCAUCCGCCUGGACAACUCCUACAGCAUGGUCAAUGCCAAGGUCGUGGCGGCCGGCCUGCGCGAGGUCCUCGAGUGGGCCGGGUCCGGGGUGUGUGGGGUCUGCUCGGCCAGCAUCGACCAGGGCUUCGGCGGAUCGGUGUACACCGUGCGCGACUACACGGCCCCCGGCACCACGGGGCCCUCGGGCUCCUCGUCCUCCUCCUCCUCCUCGAGCUCCGAGGAGCAUACCUCGCCCCUGGGGCCCUGGCACCCGGAGGGUGUUUCCGCCGGGCCGGUUCUGGUCCCGCGGCUGGCCGUUCCCUCGGUGGCUGCUGCCCUGGGCAUCGCCCUGCCGGCUGAUGCUGCCACAUUCGCCGUCGGGGAGCCCGGGUCGCUGCAGCUUCCCCAUGUGCUGGUCCCCUCGCCGACCGGCUGGUACCAGCUGGCCGUCCCGCCCUCGGCCUCGGCCUAUGCGGCCUCCAUCAACAUGACGGUGCACGGGUGGCUCUACUCGCCGCGCAAGCGUGGUGGCUUCCGCCGGGCCGUGGCGCUCGGCGUCCUGAAGCGCGUCAUCGGUGCUCCGUCUGAUGCGUCGGUCGAGGGGAACGGGCACUUCUUUGCCCGGGUGGCCCUCCCACUGCCCCCCUGGCGCAUGGUGUCCAACUGCCUGCCGCCGGCGCUGCAGUCCGGCGCGCAGCCCUUCAUCCCGGUGGCCGGACUGCGCAUCACCACGCGCCUGGUCAGCGGCCCGCCCGGCAUCAAGGACCAGAUGCAAGUCGUGUCGGAUGCCUUCAUUCCGCUGAUCGAUGCGGCGCACGCGGCCCCGAAGUUGGCGGCCCAGCCGCACAUGCCCCUCACGGACCGAUGCCUGUCCGGGCUGAUUGACGGCCUGGCGGUCAUCUCCGACCUGGACGACACCAUCCGCCUGACGCAGGUCCUGCUGGGCCGGCGUCGUGUGGUGGCCAACACCUUCUUCCGGGAAAGUUUGCCCGUCGAUGGCAUGGCCAACCUCUAUCACGACCUGGCUCGUGGGCGUACUGCCAGCACCAGCGCCACCAGCCUGGCGGGCCCGCCGGCUCUGUCGGUUUCCGCGUCGCAGGCCCUCGCUCGCGACCGACGCCUCCUGGAGCAGCGCAUGGCCCAGCUCUUCGACCCGCUGGGCGUCACCUGGCUCAUCUUCUCCGACGGAAACGACCUGCGCCAGCACCCGGCUGUGGCUGCCUACCUGCCGAGGGGGGACGACUGCUCGGGUCCGGCCGAACGGCCGAACACCAGCGAUCCCUCUCCGCCCUCCUCCCUACCCUCCUAG